GAAAUUGUUCUGGUGCAAUUGUUCGAUUGAUAGUGCACGAGGACAUAUUUCCAUUGUGAUGCUAUAUGUCGUGUCGUGUAUCGAUCAUGAUUUAGAAUGAGGAGUCUGUCACUGGGGACCGGGGAAGCAAUCGGCCUCAUGCAAGGGUUUAAGCGAAAAGGUCGUCUGGCGUCUGGGGUUUAACGUUGAGACGAACCCUAGGGCCAGAGGGAGGGAGGGAAGGGGAGGAAGAAGGUGGGCAGACGUCCGAGCAAGCUGUGUGUGUUGGAGACCAGGAACUGAAAACGAUUCGUGUGAUUUGGACAUUUUCUGCAGGGCUUGCUGGGAUUGUGAGUGGAAUUUCUCACCUUCUCAUCCUUCGGUACCGAGUGGGUUUAUUUUUGUGUCGCCCGCAAUGGAGGCCGGGCGACAUUGUUCUCGUCAUGGGAUUGGCAUUGAUGUGCUCUUUACGCAGAUGACUCUUGACCUCAAUUUUUCCUGCAGCCGGAUGCCCUGGUAAAUUCCUCUGCGUGGCCGAGAUGUGGAGUGGAACCUCUGCAUCUGUUCGUCCUGGCGAUACCACGAUCAGAAAGAAUUUCCAUCUGCUAUCGUUAUUCUUUUAUGCUCUGUAGUCUUCGGCUACUUUCCCGUACGUGACAAUUGAGCUGUAGGGUUCUUUUCAUUCGGACUCGACUGCCAAAAUGUUCCUCAACUCGCAAAAGGCGUUGCUUAAAAGCGAUGGCACCCGUCUGGAUGAUCGGCUCCCCUCCCACGUUCGCCCUGCCUUUCUUAAAACGGGCGCUGUCAGUGUUGCCGCUGGAUCAGCAUAUGCAGAGUUUGGCUCCACCAAAGUGAUUGUCUCCGUUUAUGGUCCGAGAGAGAGCAAGAAAGCUCAAGCAUUUAGUGACAUUGGUCGCCUCAACUGCGACGUCAAGUUUACAUCCUUUGCUACCCCAUUAAGAGGAAAAGCUGGCCAGGAUGUCAGUGACAAAGAGUUCUCGGUCUUGCUUCACAAGGCGCUUGAGGAUGCCGUCGACCUGCACUCAUUCCCCAAGACCACCGUGGAUGUGUUCGCCCUUGUUCUACAGUCGGGUGGAGGUGAUCUACCCGCAAUCAUAACAUGUGCAUCACUGGCGCUUGCCGACGCAGGGAUUGUCAUGCAUGACAUAGUUGCUGCCAUAUCUUUGAGCUGUGUUGGAAAGGAUCUGUUACUCGAUCCAACCUACAAGGAGGAAUCUCAACAAGAUGGGAGUGUCUUCAUUGCGCUGAUGACAUCCAGAAGGGAGAUUACCCAAGUUACCUUCACCGGUGAAUGGUCCAGCACAAAGGCAUCUGAGGCCCUGGAACUCUGUUGUGAUGCAUGUGUAAAGCUAGGUGAGGUAAUGCGGAUCUGUCUGAAAGAAGACGCUGCAGAAGCUACGGAGGAUACAUAGAAUGAGCUAGAAAGAUCGUUGUAUAGCGACCAGGUAGAACAUGAUUAUAGUUCCGUGGAGUGUUUGUUCACAAUGCUUGGAACUUGAAGGUGAGUGUGCAGCAAAAAUUUAGUUAAAGCGUCAAAAGGGCUCCAUCGCUUUCGCUGUUGAUGUAUAUUUACUUCAUCAGGAGAUCUUGCAUUCCCUGGCGUGUGUUGAUGAGAAGAGGUUACGCCUGGCGACUCGACCUGACGGCGUUCAGUUGAGCCUGCAUAAGAUCGUGUCAGUGACCGAUGGAAUGGACACAUGGGAAGGCGUGGUCAAGCUGGAUAAAUCUCUAUGAUCGCGGGGCGAAAUGUGUGCUUGUUUUCCUUGCCUGUUUUGAUCAUAUCAAUGGCUUUCCAGGGUUGGUUGAAACCUCCAAGAUGUUCGCCGAAGCCAGGGGAUCACCUGGAACCGCAGCCACCAUUUUAUGAAAUUACCAGCUUUCAUACAGGUGUGUACAUUCUAUGUAUGUGGCUUAAUUUUGAACACAAGAAUUCUAGUCGUCGCUUAUGGAGGAAUAGAGCGGAGCGUGUUCAGGUUCUCGACUUUACAGCAUGAACUCGUCUUCCUUCAGAGUGUAUUUAGAACUUCAGUACAUGAGGUGCACGAGUCAUUCCACACAACUUCCAGUCCUUACCAUAAUUUCACGACUGAAGUGGAUAUUAUAAAGUGAAAUGUAAUAAUGAACUACGUUCCCCUCUUGUGUGGGGGUGAUUCAGAUCUCUGCAAACGUUCUCUAGUUCAUCGAAUAGCUGAAGACCCACCGAUCUGUGGUGAAUGAAUUCUUGCCACUUUUUCUGUCGUGCCAAGAGAAAUCAUCAAACCGCUACAACUGUAAACCCUAAACCUUGUUUAGUCUGAACAAGACAAAUAAAACCGU